AUGGAUGCCCUGGACGCGAAAGAAGAGACCCCACGAGGACUGAAUGUCGUGGGUGGGAGGAAGACGACCCUUGGGCCAGUGGGGCCAUGGGGCUCUGACCGAGAAACAAGACAAAACCGGGAUGGCGAGGUCCCGGACGACAAUAACAGCGCCAACGAAGGCGAGGGAGCGACGCGCUUCCUGUCGACUGUUGUUCCCGCAAAAGAGAUGACUAACCCGGCCGUCUCUGUGGUGUCGACAGCGAUGGACCCGGCGUCGCCGGCCGUAUUCUCGAUGGAGCAGAUCGAAGCGAUACAAACCGGUGACUGGGAGGGCAUACCAGACUCCAAGCAUGUGGAUGUUGAGGAACGGCUCUACCCGCUGUCCGCCGCAGACAUUGAACGACAAGUCAAGGAAUUGCGCGCUCUGCGCUGGGACGUGACCCACCAAGAAAUAGUGGACCUCAUCACGGCGACCCUGCAGCGACCUUUGACCAAAAGCGACGAAAUGGUUCAGGGACGCCUUGAAAACGUGUGA